AGUUUCCUGGGUGUCAGGAGGACAGAAACAGACGCGGAGGUGGCGACUCCAGCGAAGCUGAACGCGGCCCUCCCAUCGCCGGUCACAUGCCAGUCAACCUGGAUCAGCUGACACCACGGAGCUUCUCCUUUCGAUGCUUUUCUCCCCCACCGACAGACUUCUACACUGGUAGCAUUCCGCUGUUUUAGCGUUACUGGCGUCAGAUUCAGUUUGAGGCAAGCAUAUCUUGCUAAUCUAUCGGGUUAGGCCGGCGGAUAGAUGCUGCUAGAGUGGAUGAUGAACGGACACGCCAUUCUUUACACGGGGGUCACUUUGGCCUUCUGGAGCACCAUACUAGUCGUCGGUCUGUGUUACACCAUAUUUGACCUGGGCUUCCGCUUUGAUGUGGGAUGGUUCCUGACAGAGACCUCACCUUUCAUGUGGGCCAAUCUGGGCAUUGGCCUAAGCAUCUCUCUGUCUGUGGUGGGAGCCGCCUGGGGCAUCUACAUCACUGGCUCAAGCAUCAUUGGUGGUGGUGUGAAAGCUCCACGAAUCAAAACAAAGAAUUUGGUCAGUAUCAUCUUCUGUGAAGCUGUAGCAAUCUAUGGGAUCAUCAUGGCUAUUGUAAUCAGCAACAUGGCUGAGAAUUUCAGUGCAACCACCCCUGUUGCCAUCGGCUCAAAGAACUACCAAGCUGGUUACUCCAUGUUUGGAGCUGGCCUCACUGUGGGUUUUUCUAACCUCUUCUGUGGCAUCUGUGUGGGCAUCGUGGGCAGUGGGGCCGCUUUGGCAGAUGCCCAGAACGCCAGCCUCUUUGUGAAGAUCCUCAUCGUGGAAAUCUUCGGCAGUGCGAUCGGCCUGUUUGGUGUCAUAGUAGCCAUUCUGCAGACGUCGAAAGUAAAGAUGGGUGACUAGAAGACUCAUCCUGAGAAGAUAAAAACACACUGCUGGAAAAACAAAAUGGAUUAUUGUGUAAAUACAUCGUAAAUUAUUUAAAUGUCUCUAUUGACCUGGUAUUGUUUCAACUGUAGUUCAUGCAAGAGUGGUAAAUGCACAUUACGCUCAUUUGUCUGAUGACGAUCAACUCAGCAACGAUCACUCCUGGCUUUUUGCAAUGAAUGAGUGAAAUGUGCAGUUCUCAGUCAGGUUUUAGAUGAAGUACUGUUUCGUAACCGCAGCCCGAAUAACAUUCAUCUGUCUCAGCCUGUUUUCUGUCCACUCUUGAUGAACGAGGAGUUAAAACUUAUACUGGCGUAUUUGAAAAUAUCUGCGUGUGUGCGUGUGUGAGCUGGACAUUUGAUUCUGUUUUUCUUUCUACCUGUGCAGCAUGAGGGUGUUUACUAUUGUGUUUGUAGCCUGGUCUGUCAGUUUUUUGUUUCCUACACGUUGCUAACAAGAAACAGGUCCUUUAUUCCUCCAGUGACCCAAAUACAGUAUUUUGACACUGAUUGUAUGGAUCUUAAAGUUAUUAAAUUACCUUGAAUUAUUGGUGAGUAGUACAUGACUUUGGGAAGUCAUGUAUUCUUGAUGUAAACAGGUCACCUGUCCUUUAUUUCCAUAAGUCCCAAAGCAAUUAAAGCCAACAUGUCCUACUUUUUAAAUUUGAUUUUAACUGAGUAAACUCAGAAUUGGGUCAAAAGACGUGUAGACGAAUAGAUGUUCAAACAGACCUGGAAACUGGAUGUUAAAUCUUCUAACUGCUCUGGUCGGUUCAUCUUCUGGUCCUAUACGAUAUACAUGACAUUUGUUUUAAAGUGACUCACUGGAGUCAGUAACAUCACACAGUGAUGCUGUAACAUCAGUAGCAUCAGCACCGUGUACUGUUUCUCUGUUUUUACUGUCCUUUCACACAAACCUUCCUCCUGAUGCUUUUGUUUUAUUUACUUGGAGCCUCGUCCUCUUUUGAAUGUACAUGUUAAAUCAUUUGUGUUGUACUAAAUGUUCGUGGUUCCUACGUUAUUUUUCAACAUUCCUUAAAGUUCCUGUCACGCCUGGUGUGUGGGCAGCCUGUAGCGUGAGUGGCAGACAAAUUACACCCCUGCACCAUCACAGUAGAGCCAUUAUUAAAGCUUUAUAAUCUGAGUUUGAUAGAUGUGCAGCUGGCAACAGUGUGAUGUUCAACCGUAUCUUGUUUUAACAGAAAUCUGCAUAUACACUGAGUUCAUUUUGAACCUUUGUUGGCAGUAGAAUAACUGGAUUUGUGCACGGGGUGUAAAAUGCUGCAAUACUGAAUCUUCUGUUUGAAGGGGACAUGUACGGAAACACAUUUGUUCUCAUUGCAUCAUUCCAUGUUGCUGACAGACCACGGCCGCUUGUGAAUCGUCUCAACUCCUUCCUUGUAAAUGUCCCUCAACCCUCCUUGUGAAGAGAGUGUAACCACUGAAUCGAAGACGGGGAAUCUAAUCUGUAGUGUAUCUAGACCUGGCCUCCCAAACGUGUCUCAGCGUUCUGUCAAUUGAACCUACGCCAAACUCCAAGCUGCCUUUGGUGAACCAGGCUCUGAGUCUGUACCACAUCCCGAGCUUUCAGUGACUAGUUGGUACAAUGUGUGCGUUAUGUUGAUGUGAUGGUGAUCAGAAAGUAACUCGUUUUUGACAUUGUGUAUAUGAGUAAGAGAAAAAAUAUCUUCAAUUUGGCUUCAUAAAUGUCCUUGAAAAAAAUAAAAUGGUCCAAUCAAGA